AUGGCCAUACUCAGUUAUUUGAAGAUGAAGAUUUUAAUGGCACUAAGAAAUGUUGCUGGCAAAAUUAUGACACUACUGAUACACCUCUAUUCGCUUUUAAAACCAAACAAAGAAACCUACAAUUUUGAUGUUUUUGAAUGUAAUCCAGCGAACUUGGAGCUAAGCCUAUUCCAUUUUGCAAAACUUUGCAAGAAAGACCCUGCGCAUAAAGGUUUUACACCUAUCAACACCUUUGGAAUUGAAGACCUACCUGAAGACCAUCGUGACGUAGAGCUGGUAGAGUUGAUACGAGCAAUGUCUGAAUUGACUGUAAGAGUGGCUGUUACGUUCACAAGCUGUGCUAGACCCAAAAGGUAUCUUCAAAGAACUAAAAAAACCACGUCGGAUACAAAUAACAGCAAACCGACGCGCACUGGGACGGGAAGGGUUGAACGAGUUGAUAAAUUCACAAAGGACGAAAAGAUUAAUUGCCCGUGUGUAGACUGCGAGAAAUCGUCAGAGCCUUUGCAGGAAUGGGGGGAGGUCUGGGUUUUGAGAGCCGUGCAUGUUGUUUUCAACACCUUGGAAGCCAAACACACGAUCUGCAGAGUCAGCUUCGGCGAAGGAAAAAGCGAGGUGGUUAAUAUAAAGGGAUUAAGGAUUGACUCCAAAAGCGAUGAAGGUGACACGUGUUGGCUAGUAUGUAUCACCCACGACUUAGCGUUAGUGGAUAAGCUGCAGAAAAUGAAAACAAAAUUUGACGUUUUACGCUGGAAGGUGGGAAAGAAGUACAAGAACACCAGCAAACUGGCUUUCAUCGUGUCUCACCCACACGGCUGUUCUAAGCACGUCUCCAUCGGAGAAUGGUUCACCAGACAGGAAAGGUUAGGGAGAGGGUCAAGGUUCAACUACACCACGCCCACCUGCCCAGGUAGCAGCGGUGCCAGUGUCUACCUGCUAGGGUGUGGUAUGUUCUUUGAGCACGUCCAUCGUGGUUCUGAUUAUGCUAAUUACAGUGGGGCGCCUUGGUAUGAGUUGUGCAAACGUAAAAAUAAGAGAAUAUAA